GGUUGUGACAGCAUAUCCAGUAGUGAAGUCUCUUUGCCAAGUUAUUGACAACAAGUUUUCAGGGUCCUGCUGCAUUAGGCACACUGAAGGAAAUGAUGACAAGAACCACAGGGAAAGAUGUGAGCAGAGGCUAAACUGCUGCACAGCCCAGAGGAAUACAGUGAAUGCUGCCCAGGACUUAGUCACCUUUUCUAUAUGCUUCUGUCACUAUCCCUGGGACCUACAGAAAAUAGACACACAGGAAUUGUGGUUUUGGCUUCUCACCUGAAGAGGUUCCCCCAUCUGUACCACAUAAAGAUGAGACACACUUAUAUAGAGUCAUACAUCAAUGAAAUCAGGCAGCAGGGGAGAGAAGGAUAAAGGGUACAGGGAGAAACCCAGACUGACCUCAAGUGAAACAUGGCAAUGUGGCACCUAACCUGCGCCAUCACCCUGGCUGGGCUCCUGCUAUCCAUCCAAAGGACCCUGACUAAUGAGAUUCUAGGCUUGAAGAUUCCACCGGAGCCUGUUCUUAACGCCAACACUGUUUGUCUGACGCUACCUGGACUAACCCGCCGUCAAAUGGAAGUCUGCAUGCGCCACCCAGACGUGGCAGCCUCAGCAAUCCAGGGAAUACAGAUUGCCAUCCACGAGUGUCUGUACCAGUUCCAAGAUCAUCGCUGGAAUUGCUCCAGUCUUGAGACUCGGAAUAAAAUACCAUAUGAGAGUGCUGUUUUCAGCAGAGGAUUCCGAGAAAGUGCCUAUGCCUACGCCAUCGCUGCAGCAGGUGUGGUCCAUGCGGUAUCCAAUGCCUGCUCCAUGGGUAAAUUGAAGCCAUGUGGCUGUGAUGAGAAGCGCCGGGGAGACGAGGAGGCCUUCCGCGCUAAACUGCAUAGGCUUCAGCUAGAAGCAAUGAAUCGUGGCAAGGGCAUGGUGCAUGGUGUGAUGGAACACCUUCCUGCAGAUGCCCCUGGCCCUCAGGACUCAUGGGAAUGGGGAGGCUGUAGUCCAGAUGUGGAAUAUGGAGAACGUUUCUCUAAAGAAUUCUUGGACUCAAGGGAGUUGUAUAGGGAUAUACAUGCUCGAAUGAGGCUGCACAACAACAGAGUUGGCCGUCAGGUUGUAACAGACAACAUGAGGAGAAAGUGUAAAUGUCACGGCACAUCAGGCAGCUGCCAACUUAAGACUUGCUGGCAGGUCACCCCUGAUUUCAGGUUGGUUGGCUCUGUACUGAAGGACAGGUUUUAUGGGGCCACUCUGAUAAAGCCUCACAACAGAAAUACAGGGCAGCUGGAGCAGACACAGGCUCCGUACAGAAGGAGAGCCAGCAUCACUGAUUUGGUUUAUUUUGAGAAGUCACCAGAUUUCUGUGAACAGGAGUUACAUUUGGACUCAGCAGGGACGCAAGGUCGAAUAUGCAAUAAAACAAGCCCUGGACUGGACAAUUGUGAGAGUCUCUGCUGUGGCCGGGGACACAACAUCCUGCGACAGACACGCAGUGAAAGGUGCAACUGUAAAUUUCACUGGUGUUGUUAUGUGGUUUGUGAGGAGUGUCGUAUCACUGAGUGGGUAAGCGUCUGUAAAUAGCCAGUACCAACCAGAUGGACACAAAUAUGUACAUAAUCUGUAUUAAAUACUGGAUGUUUCUGCUGCAAGGAAGAAAGUACACCAAAAAUAAACACAAACUAAAUGCUGGCCACAUUUCUCAAACUUACUAUUUGACAAUACAGACUAUCCCAGAUAAAACAAGUGUUCCGUGGACUAAUGGGUCAAGUGUUUUACAGCUGGGUUUAAUACCCUGCAAGAUCAAAGAUGCUUCAAGGCAACCUAACCCAAUUUACAAUAUAUGAUCAUCUUUACCAACAGUGGAACAGAAAUGUGUUUGUAUCAUUAUCCCUAUCGAAAAACAAAAGUUGUUCAUUUCAGUUUACCACAUGAAAUACAUAUAUAUAUAUAUAUUCUUGGAAAAAACAAAGUCAGCAACGUGUACUGUUUUGAAAACAAAUGAAUAUAGAAUGAAGUUUAAAAACAUGUAUUAGGAACUUGUGCAAUUGAUAAUGCUUGGGCCAAACAGACUCAUUUUUCAUUAGGAUGAAUGUUCCUUCGGUAUGUUUUUACCAAAAAAAAAACCAGGUUAUUUCAUGCAUUUACCACUCUCAGUAAAUUAUUAUUAUUCAAAUUCUACAAUUUUCUAUUUCCCUGAUAAAUUUCUAUAAUGAAUGAAGGCAGGUAAGUUUCAGCCAAAUACAUUCAAACAUUAGGUAAGGAUUUUGCGUCACUUUCCUAUAUUAUAAAGAUAUCAUGUUUCAGAUUUAAUAUUAAAGGGACAAUGAACCCAAAUUUUUUCUUUCGUGAUUCAGAUAGAGCAUGCAAUUUUAAGCAACUUUCUAAUUUAUUAUCAAAUUUUCUUCAUUCUUUUGCUAUCUUUUUUUGAAAAAGAAGGAAUCUAAUCUAAGGAGCUAGCCAAUUUUUGGUUCAGACCGCUGGAUAGCACUUGUUUAUUGGUGGGUGAAUUUUUCCACCAAUCAGCAAGAACAACCCAGGUUGCUAACCAAAAAUGGGCCGGCAUCUAAACUUACAUUCUUGCUUUUCAAAUAAAGAUACUAAGAGUAUGACUAAAAUUCAAUAAUAGGAGUAAAUUAGAAAGUUGCUUAAAACUGCAUGCUCUAUCUGAAUCAGAAAAGAAAAAAAAUUGGGUUCAGUGUCCCUUUAAGUUCUCCUAAAAAUGUAUGUUUGUAUCAUUAGGUGAUAGAUUAAACAUACAUUAAUAUAGCUCUUACUGUUAAGAUAAGGACUGGAAUUUAUUACUCAUAUGGAUAAAAUUAACUAGUCAGGAGAUCAAAAUUAGUACUGCGCUCUAUAUUAAAUAUAGGAAAAAGCCCAAUCAAAGUUAUAUGAAAUCCCCCAAAAAACAUUUUGUGAUUCAGACAGAGAAUACAAUUUGAAAAAUAGUUUCCAAUUGACUUCUAUUUUCUAAUUUUCUUCAUUCCCAUGGUAUUAUUUGUUUUAGAGACACCUAGCAAGGCAUCGAGAGCAGUAUGUGGCAGAAAAUAGUGCUGCUCUCUAGUGCUCUUGCAAAUUGGAUAACAUUCUUGCAAAACUGCUGCCAUGAAGUGCUCCAGAAAUGGGCCGGCUCCUAAGCUUAUGUCCCUGCUUUUCAACAAAAGAUACCAAGACAACAAAGAAAAAAUGAUAAUGGAAGUAAAUUAGAAAGUUGUUUAAAACUGAAUGCUCUAUUUGAAUUAUGAAAGAAAAAUGUUGGGCUUCAUAUCCCUUUAAUUGCUCGUCAGCGUAGAUUACAGGAAACUUUCAGCCCUGUUCAAAACAAUUUAUUGAUCUAUCAAUAUUAAAAUGCUGCUCAGUGAUAUUUACCAAAAAAAGAUUAUUUUGAAUGUUUUGUAAAAUAAAAUAGUUUAUUAUGCUGAAGGUAGGAUUUUGAGUAAUGCUUAUUUGUGCAAUAAAUGGGACCUGCUUUUUGUUCAUCUUUACCAUUCAAAAUGAUGGACUUCAAAUGAACAUUGUAUUGUAUUUUUUUUGUGUUACCAAUGAUCAAUUUUACCUGCUGGAGUAUAUAAAAUUGUUUACAAUUUUUUACCUGCAAUAUUAUUUAUAGAAAAGCUAUGUAAACAAGACGUGACAUCAGAAACCAACCUCUGAUCAGUAGGCUAUUCUCGUUGCUUGUAAUAACACAAACUCUUAUCGGCUACUUACCUAAAUUCAUUGUCAUUUCACAAUGACUUAUACUAGUUGCAUACAAUGAAAUGUAUUGGAAAUGUCACUUUUAAAGGGACAGUAAACACCUUGUAAUUACAAGACAUUUGCUAUUGGAUAACAUAUCAGCCACAUCCCUUUUACUGCAUUUUUUUUUUCAACAGCUAAACUCCACCCUUCAUUUGCCAUACUUUGAUGAGUCAGUCUCAGAUUUUUGCAGUUGUUAUCAGGCACGUGCAAUAGGAUGAUUCAUGAUGAUUCCAAUAAGGAAGAAGGAGGGCCCUCACAGCAUUUGGCUUUUUUCUGAGCUGGACUCCUCCUUGUAAAUGUGCAACACACUAGGAUCUGUGCAAAUCCAGAUCUAAGCGUGUUGCACUUUCACAGAAGAAAUCCACCCCCGAAAAAAACCGAAUGCUGUAAGCGGCCAACUUCUUCCGCAUUUGGAUCAUCACGAAUGAUCUGAAUGCAUAUGCCUAGUUAAAGCCAAUUCAGGAAAAAUAUGUAGCAGGUUAGCCUUGAUAGGUCAGCAGUGUUCAUGGCAAGUUCUGAAAAUUAAAAAAAUCACAAUUUUCAGAGUUAAUUACAUGAAAAGGGACACAAUAAAUAAUGAAACUAUAUAGCAAAGUCAUUUCAUUAAGGCAUUUACUGUGUCCUUUAUCUUUAUUCUAGUAAUUGAAAAUGUCAGUACGUAAGUAUUGGCCUUUGUGUAUAUACAGAGUGAGAUAAGAAAGCAUUUGUGCCUAUAAACAAAUAAUAUAAGGAGGUGUGCUCUUCCUGCAGACUUGCUAUACAUUUACUAUUCUGCAGCUGGUAUUAGAAGUCAUUGAAAACACAUUAAAGGGAAAACAAUUUUACAGACAGUGUCCUUUUAACUUUUUGUAUUCUGAUAGUGGAUAAUGAAGCAACAAUAUUAUGUCUCCCAUACAAAAUAUAUGCUAUGUUCAUAUAUGCUACAAAAAAUAUAUGAAACAAAUAAAUAAAUUAUAAAUGGUUGCUUAUUUUUUGUUUCCUACAGAUCUUCUUGAGAAAACAGUAAAUAGAAAUAACAUAUAUUGUAAAAAUGUAAUAACAGAGUUUGCGAUUUGUAUAUGGAAUUAUUGUGUGCGUUAUUAUAUUUUAUGGUAAGUUAUUUUCUUGUUGUAAAUUCCCAAUAAAAUGUUAAAAAGAA